AAGGUAGUCGGAUGGGAGGGCUGCAGUAUUGUUUGACAGACAGAAGGAGGGAGUAUAAAAGGUCAGCUGUUGGUCGGGGGCAAGUCAGGCUAAGAGGAGUUUUAUAUACAGUGAUAUCAAAUAGGAUAUUUCCCAGCAGUCGUUGUUGUUUUUAUUCCUACUCUCGUCAUCCCUUCAGAUCAUGGCUGACUUUGAGAAGGUUCUCUGUUGUUGGGAUGCGGUGGAGGCGGACUUAGAGACCCACGGGAACAUGGUUCUGACCCGUCUCUUCAAGCAAAAACCAGAAACCCAGAAGCUGUUUCCCAAAUUUGUUGGCAUCGCAGAGAGCGAUUUGAGCAGCAACAAACAGGUUUCAGAACAUGGAGCCACCGUGCUGAAGAAGCUCGGUGAGCUGCUGAAGGCAAGAGGAGACCACGCCAAAAUCCUCAAACCCCUGUCCCAGACCCAUGCCAAAAUUCACAAGAUUCCGAUUGAACACUUCAACGUUAUUUCUGAAGUUGUGAUUAAAGUCAUGGCUGAGAAGGCGGGGCUGGAUCAAGCUGGACAGGAGGCCCUGAGGAGCAUCAUGGGUAUUGUUAUUGCUGACAUGGCUGCAAACUACAAAGAACUGGGCCACUAAGUCCUACGUCUCUGCGGUCAGUGUAGGGAUCAACACAUACGCAGGAAAUUAAUAAUUCACACGUGAUUUUGCUGAAGUAAUCUUACUAUUAAUCCUAGAUCUCCAUGACAGAUCAGCAGCUACACAUAACAAUAACAUUUCUGAAAUUAAUGUCUAACUGCGACUCUUGUUGAUUGUGUAGAACAAACGUGUUGCCUAAUAAAGAUCUUGGAUCAUACUGUGUGCUGUCUACAAAUGUAGAAUAUUUUGCCAAUAAAUCUCAUUUGUUUAACUCUC